UUUGAAAAACGGAUAAGAUGACGGCCGAGAACUGGAUGUAUGUAAUCGAGUUCAUUUAUGGUGAAAUUUCUGACGGUUUCGUGUACUUCGUAGAUCUGUUGAACGUCGAGGAGUAAAGACCUCGCCAAGUGCGUGUUAAUUGGAUUCGAACACAGACGAAUGUCAUGAUUAUCGUCCUUAGUGAAUGACUCCCAAAGCAUCAGGGCCUCGACUUGAUGAACUGAGUGGUCAUUGAAGGCGAAAGGAUCACAGAGGAGAGUGCAAAGACCGAAGUGAAGAAGAGAAAUUGCUGAAAAGGAAGCUUCGUAUUUAGUCAGCGGUCAUGCUGUUUGGGCCGAGACCUUCGCUGGGAUGGCUGGCCUACCUCAUGCUGGGGGGGUCGUGGCGCCGGUAUACCAUCAUGCUUGUCGCCUUCUGCCUGAUCAGCCUGUUUAUCGUGGACGAGGGUAAGAAGAUGGUCACGCUGCGUCAUCUGUCGCCAGCGCCAUUUCCACCACCCGUAACUUUCGUGCACUCUCCGGACAACCCUCUCAUCACGCCCUUGGACGCCUGUUCCGUCGAAGCAGCCUCCGCAGGGAUUGAGAAGGGCCAGAUGAAUCGCAGGGUCUACGUAUACUUGUGGAAGGAGACGAUAACCCCUGCCGAUGAAUGGGCCAACUGGAUGCUUCGGCUGCCCAUGAUUCAGGUCACUAAUAUGGAUUUGCCCAGUCUCGUCAGUGGACCACUCUCCGCCUCCCUGAAGAAAGCGGCCUUCAUGAGUACCUGGCAGAAGUGGUUGGCCGCUCGUCUCGGUAUCCUCUGGAAAUAUGGUGGUGUCUCCAUGUCUUUUGGAUCCAUCAUGACGAAGGCCCUACACGUGGAGUUCACGGGACCCCAUACUGGUAUUAUAGUGGAGGGAGAGAAUCAAUUGUUGGACCCUGUUUUGCUGGCUACGCCCCCGCAUCACCCUGCCAUCGCUGUUUUGGCUGCGUACCUUGUUAAUGACACCAGCAGUGCAAACAGGGACACUGAGGCCACUCUUGGACAACUCCUGACAAAAGCCUUUUUGAACGGUUGUGGAGUCGACAGGCUAACACGUCUGCCUAGUUCGAGUUGCCGCACGUUCAACUUCAUCGCCAGAAACAAAACGUUCUCGAUUGAGAAAGAUGCUGGACAUCCAGAAGAUGCUCUUCUCAUCAGGUAUCCCGAGGAACUUUACACCUUCAGAGAUGAUAAGCGCUUUCUGAGAUACUUCCAAGCCAACCAUCUCGAACGGUUCUGCCCAAUUACUGCUCGACACCUGGAAAUGAGGGUGGUGGCCGAGGGCAUUUGAGAAGGAUAGUCUUCACGGAUGUCGAAUUCGUAGCUCCGGAAAUUUACAAAUGAUUGAUGAACGAAAAACAAGUGCUUGUAUCGAGACGCAGAUCCAAUGAGGAUUUGAGAUAAUAGUAACAUGUCUGUAUUUCUUUGGGUACACUGUUCAUGUUUGAAUUUCUGAUACAACUUAGAUGGCUUAUUUUGGAAGAAACAUUAUUCGAAAUUAUUCAUACAUUCCUCAUAU